AUGUCCGACCACGAAGAUUCCAGCUCCAUCCCCCGAUCGGGGUAUGACACUCCUGUCCCAGAACUGGAUGACCACCGCCACCAAGCGGUCUCGACCAGGGUUGAGCGCCCUCGUCGCGGUACCUUCGACAGUCUUUACGGUACUCGUCACCUCGAGCCCGAGCCUAGUUCUCCUCCUGCUAUUCUGGUUCGCGACUUCGAGGAAGCUAUCAUUGAUGAGGAAAACGGCGAUGCUUCCCCUACCGCUCGCCGUAGCCGCCGUCCUACUGUAGAUUCGGCGGACCGUUCGAUUUCACCUCCCAAUUCAGUCAAGGCUUUCGCCCAAGCUCGACGUCGAGAGCGAGACAUGUCAUUUUCCGAGCCCAACAAACCUGACAUGGAGGAUGUCGCCAGCCGGGCCAUGUCUAUCUCGAGCAAACCCAGCCACCGAAACAAGGCACAUACUGUUGAUAACGAUGCUGCUACCAUCUCGACCAACACAACCGCAGAGGAGGACGUUUGCUUCCCUGUCAAGGAGAGUUACCACAAGGACCAUUUGCACAUCGACUUCGACUAUCUUGAGAACUUCGUUAAUGAGCAGGCUGCGGAACGUGCGGCUGAGCGUGCGGCUGAGCGCAAUGCUGCUGCUGCAGCUAAGCAGAGUUUUGAGGACGUACGUGCUCGACGGAACGAAUCGCGUCUUCAGCGAAUGGUCACUGUUGAUGGUGAUAUUCUGGAGCCUGUCUCGGACGAUUCGAUGACUCGCGAAAAGACAAACCAGACUGUGCAGUCCCACAAUGAGGGUUCAGUCUCUGAAAAACAGCCUGUCCCUGUUGAUCCGAACCGAUUCAGUUUCUUCUCCUCGGCAUGGGAAUCAACCAUCCACGCAGCGGAUUUUGGUGACCUUGUGCUCCCAGGUGAAGAUCUUCGCGGCCUUUUCGAACUGCCUGAUGAAGAAGAAGACGGAGUUUGGUGGCUGAACAUCAAUGCCGCUACUAAGGAAGAAGUGCAGAGCAUUUGCAAGGCUUUCGGUAUUCAUCCUCUCACAAUUGAGGAUAUUAUCACUCAGGAAGCCCGCGAGAAGAUUGAACUCUUCCCGUCGUACUACUUUGCCUGUUUCCGCUCCUUCUCUGUUGUUGAAGAAGAUGACGGCAUCGAGUACGAGCCAUUCAAUACUUAUGUCAUCGUGUUUCGGGAGGGCACCCUCAGCUUCAGCUUUGAGCCAAACUCUCACGCAGCGCAAGUUCGCAAGCGAAUCACUGCAUUGAAAGACUACGUCUCUCUUAGCAGUGACUGGAUCUGCUACGCUUUAAUUGACGAUAUUGUCGAUUCGUUCGGUCCUGUUAUUCGCCAACUUGAACUUGAGGCAGAUGCUAUCGAGGAUGAAGUGUUCGUCAUGCGUGAAGAUGACUCCAACUCCUUCCUCCGCCGCAUUGGCCGAGUUCGCAGGAACUGUCUGGCUCUUUAUCGCCUUCUCGGUGGCAAGGCAGAUGUUCUCCGUGGUUUCACAAAGCGAUGCAACGAGAACUACAAAGUCACCCCCCGCAUGGACAUCGGCAUGUAUCUGGGUGACAUUCAAGAUCACGUUGUGACGAUGGCUACCAAUUUGGGUCACUUCGAAAAGAUUCUAUCUCGGGCGCAUAGCAACUAUCUUGCAACGGUUUCCAUUAAGAGCAUCGAGCAGGGAACGCACACCAACGAGGUACUUAGCAAAAUCACCAUGGUGGCCUCUGUUCUAGUUCCCCUGAAUUUGGUCAGCGGUGUAUUUGGAAUGAACGUGCCAGUUCCGUUCCAGACUGUUGCUGAUGAGAAUCUGGCACCUUUCUUCAGUAUCAUUGGAUUCAUGAUCUUUAUGUGUUGCGUAUUUAUAGCGUUGGCACGCUGGAAGCACUACAUCUAA